GUGUGUGUGUGUGUUUGUGUGCGUGUAUGUGUGUGUGUGUGUGCGUGUGUGCGUGCGUGUGAGUGUGUUGUGUAUGUGUGUGAAAGCGUCUUCUGUGGCUCAGCUUUGUGGCUGGGCUCAGUCUACACGGAGCGACCUGGCGGAUGCUGACUCGAGGUGGAAGCCAGACCCCCACCACUCGAGUCAUGUCGGAUGUGCUUCAGGAUCGGGACAGGAAGCGGUGAGCCCAGUUUCGUCCUGACGCUGAGUCGUGAGCGGCUCAGACCCGCCCGGGUCCUCACCACGGGCUCACGGACGUCCAGCUCGGUACCACGCCACACCUGGAGGAGACCAUGGAGCAGCAAGACGAUGAGUCCCUGGAGUCCCUGCAGGCCUGUGUGGAGAACUUUGUUCUACCCCAAGAGAUGAUCAUUGAAGUGGAGGGAGAAGAUGCUGGGUCACUGGACAUCAUGCCUCAGGAAAGCACAGACUUCAAGAUUGUGACUGUGGACCUUACAGAAGAGGGACAGAGCACGUGGAACAAUGCCCAGAGAACCCCAGAGAGAACUGCGACCCUGGAAGGCCACAGGGACCUGUGGCACUUGCCAGCUGUACAUGGAACAGAAGAAACAACCUCAAAGCAGACAGUCUUCAAUGAAGAACCAUCCCAUGCAUUGAAGCUAGAGGGAUUGGCAAGAGAUGAUCCUUGGCUGUCAUCAUGUGAAGAAGUCCGAGACUGUAAGGAGCAGUUAGAGAAACAACCAAACAAGCAAGAGGAGGUGGCCUUUACCCAGGGUAGCGCUGGUUCUCCUGAUAUUGUCUAUAGAGGUCAUGACCUUGACAGGAGUUGCCUGAAUACCAGCCAGCCUUCAUUCCCCAUGAUACCCCUCAGAAACCAUUUUCAUAAACAGGUAUCACAUGUUAAAAAGUUACAUGGUGAUGUCGCUGCAAACAGUCACCAAAAGAUCAGUGAUAACUCGAAUCUCCUUGAAGAUGACAAAUCUGGGAAAGUUCCUCGGAGCAUCCAUCCCUCUCAGUUUAUAAGCACCCCUCAAGGAGAUAAAGCCUAUGAAUUUAAUGGUCGUGUUCAAACUUUUGGCCGAGGUGCGCCCCUAAAUCUAAAUGAAAAAGUUGGUUUGGAAGGUAAAACCUUUGGCUUUAAAGGGCGCUGGCAAGUUUUAAACCAUAACAUCCUCCUCAAUGAGCAACAGAAACUUCUUGUUAAAGAGGGCCAGUAUAAAUGUAGUAAAACCGUCCCAAGUCCGUCUCUUCCUCAAAACCUGAGAAACUACUCUGAGGAGAAGCGCUUUGAAUGUAAGUACUGUGGCAAGUCCUUCAGCUGGAGCUCACAUCUCAUUGCACACCAAAGAACCCAUACGGGGGAAAAACCCUACAAAUGCAACCUGUGUGGGAAGUUCUUCACCCGGAGCUCACACGUUGUUUCUCAUCAGAGGAUUCAUACUGGAGAGAAACCAUACAGGUGCAAUCUCUGUGGGAAGUCCUUUACCCAGAGAUAUGUCCUUGUGGUACAUCAAAGAACUCACACUGGUGAGAGGCCUUAUGAGUGCACCCAGUGUGGGAAGUCGUUCCGCCAGAGCUACAAACUCAUUGCGCAUCAAAGAACCCACACAGGAGAAAAGCCAUACGAAUGCACCCAGUGUGGGAAGUCGUUCAUCCAGAGUUACAAGCUCAUCGCACACCAGAAAAUUCAUUCUGGAGAAAAACCUUAUGAGUGCAGUCACUGUGGCAAGUCCUUCAGUCAAAGCUAUAAGCUUGUUGCACAUCAGAGAACUCACACAGGAGAGAAGCCCUUUGAGUGUAAUUACUGUGGGAAAUCAUUCAGCUGGAGCUCCCAGCUGGUAUCUCAUCAAAGAACCCACACAGGAGAGAAACCUUACGAGUGUAACGAAUGUGGGAAAUCGUUCAAUCGGAGCUCACACCUUGUCAUGCAUCAGAGAACUCACACUGGAGAGAAGCCGUAUCAGUGCAAGCAGUGUGGGAAAUCCUUCAGUCAGAGCUACGUUCUUGUCGUUCAUCAGAGGACACACACUGGGGAAAAGCCCUAUGAGUGCAGCCAGUGUGGGAAGACGUUCAGGCAGAGCUCCUGCUUUACUCAGCAUCAAAGGACUCACACUGGAGAGAAGCCCUACGAGUGUAAUCAGUGUGGGAAGACAUUCAGCCUAAGUGCCCGGCUUAUUGUCCACCAGCGAACUCACACUGGGGAAAAGCCCUACAAGUGCAGCCAAUGUGGGAAAGCCUUUAUUAGCAGUUCUAAACGCAGUCGGCACCAGGCUACUCACAGUGAGGAGGCCUGUAAGUCCUGACCAGUUGAGAGUCAGAGCUGAUGUUGACUCCUGACAGUCUAAUCCUCUCAAGUUAUGUGUGAAGGAAUGCAUUUGGCAGGAAGUGACAGUGUGAGAAAUGCACAUAGACCCUUUCCUUACCCCGGUGUCGAUAGAAAGGAGUAAGGCCUUCGGUUCAGCAGAUGUGGAUAAGAGGUCCCUGGAGAAGAAAGACCGUUACACACGGGCAGGGGUGUGUUCUUGAAUGACUGUGCAGGCAUCAUCCCUAAGCCAAUCUCAGAAGGCCACUUCUGACUGGCAGAAGUUGUUUCCCAAAGCACUCUGUACAGAGAAGGCAGAAGCUAGACUUAGCAAAUGUGAAUGUUAGAUCAAAUACUGCAAGUUUAGUGCAGAAGCCCUCUAGUUUGAGUUCUGGCCUGGUCUUUGAGAGCACAGCUUCUCUGUUGCAAAGCUGACACUCUGUAAAUUUAGUUCAGGAGGUAUGUGUUCUAAAAUGCCCUUACUUAGGAAAGUAACUGCUGGCCAUCAGCUUUGCUCUCCUGCUUCUGGCUCUUUUCCUUCAUGCUACUAGGUGGCUGAGCCACGACCUCUCACCUCAUCUCCCAUCAGAGUCCUCUUACCUACUCACUGCAGGCAGACGAGCCACUUAAUCCCUCAUGUAUCCAGGCUUAACCAGUCAGGUUCCAGUCAUAGCCAAACAUAAGCUCACUUAGAGUACCCUACUGCUCUUGAAAGAGCUGCUUUUCUAUCUCAAAGCUUUGCUUGCUCUUCUGCUGUCCUCACUAGUCAUUCUGUGUCAUCAGGAGACAACAUAGAAGCCACUGCCGCAGAGUGACAGGUGGCCAUUGAGUUGUCAGGGCACUAGUCCUCUAAACUAAGCUUAUUCUGAGCCAAGGAAUGGACUCCCUUGCCCUCAAAGUUCCCUAUAGUAUUCCUGUGGAUACUGGCCAUGAGCUUCAUGUGUCAGGAAAUCCACAAGCAGGGUCAAGCUUGGACCAGCAUGGAGGUGAGCCCAUGCUAAAAACCCAUCAUUAGUGAGUCUAAAUCUAGAGGACUGUUCAAGACCAGUCUGUCAGCCUGUGCUGCAUAGCGAGACUGUCUUGGAAGGAAGGAAGGAAGGAAGGAAGGAAGGA